AUGGCAGCGAAGGCUGGCGAUAGUUUGGUUGAGAAGAAAUACUUGGAUAAAUUGUCGCAAUGGGAUUCAAGAAGUACUUCCUUGGCCCCCCUUACAGACAAACAGAAAGAAAGUAUCGUAGAGCUUAAUACAUAUACACAAAGACCAAUACCAGAAAAGUUUCGUGUUGAAAAAAAGCUCAAUGAAAGCCUUUCUCAAGAUGACGAGCUUUCGCGACAUAUUGCAAGUUUGGAUCUGGGGACAAGAAAAAUUGAGAACGCACAACAGUUUUUCUCCUGGUUUUCUCAAGUAGAAGCUCAAAUGGAAAAAGAACAAGAACAAAACUACAGGAAUUAUGAGGAUGAAUUGUUGCAGUAUGUUUCUAAAUGUGAUGCCAUUCUUAAAGAAGUUGAUAAAGUUCUCAGUCAUCUUGAAAAGUUAGAAAAACAACAUGUUUUUGUUUCCACACAAACGAGAGCUCUUCAUGAUGCUUGUGAACAGUCCUUACAAGAUCAGGCAAAUCUAAUGGACCAAGCAGAAAAUAUUUCAAAUAGAUUAUCUUAUUUCAGUUCAUAUGAAUCUAUAAAGCAUAGAUUGAAUAGUUCCACAAUGUCAGUGACUGGAGAAUCUUUUUUACCUUUACUGAAAAAAAUAGACGAGUCUAUAUCUUACAUUGAUUCACAUCCAGAGUAUAAAGAAUCUUCGGUUUACGGAGCGCGCUUCAAGCAAUGUUUAACACAAGCUUUGGGACUGGUAAAACAAUACGUCAUCAAUAUUUUACGAAAUGCUUCAAACCAAGCUUUAGCUGCUUUACAUAAGGAUAACCAACCUGCAAUGAAUUUUACCGACAGUUCAUACACAGCUCUUUAUGGAAAGUUUAAGACCCAGUCAAUGCGAGUAAAGAACAUCAUGGAGCAGAUUGAGGAACGAUCAGAAAAUAAUGCAGAGUACGAAUCACUGAUUUCAGACUGUCAACAGUGUUACCUGGAAUACCGUUGGCAACUAAUUUCACCUUUCGUUACAGAAACUGUGCAUAAAUUUGCACAACAACACGCUAAGAAUCCAUGCACAUUGUUUCGUUCUGGCUGUUCUUUUAUGGUUCAUGUAUGUCAAGACGAAUACCAAUUAUACCAUGAAUAUUUCACAAAAGGAAAACAGAAUUUUGAUACACUGAUGGAGAAUUUAUGUGGUAUAUUAUACGAGACAUUUCGCCCUCUUAUCAUUCACAUGACCCAUAUGGAAACAUUAGCUGAACUCUGCAACAUAUUGAAGGUUGAAAUGUUAGAAGAUCAUGUUCAAAGGAAAGCUGAGCAGCUUUUGUCUUUUCAAGUGAUAGCUUCUGAAAUGCUUGAGGAUGUACAAGAACGACUCGUGUAUCGCACGCAGGCCUACAUUCACAAGGAUAUAGCUAGUUAUGCGCCAGCACCAGGUGAUCUCGCUUAUCCAGACAAACUUAUGAUGAUGUUGAACUCAUCAGACGGUGACACGGAUUUAGAGAAGAAGACAUUUAAUAGAACUGAAAAUCAGACGGCAGUUGUCGACCUCCAAGCGAUGUGGUAUCCUACCGUGCGCAGAACUUUGGUGUGUUUAUCGAAACUGUACACCUGCAUCGGGAAACCAACGUUUGAGGGCAUUGCUCAAGAAGCUCUCUCUAACUGCAUCGUUACUUUGAGAUACGCCAGCAAAGAAAUCACUAAAAAGAAGGGAGCAAUCAAUGGUCAUUUGUUCUUAAUAAAACAUUUGCUUAUUUUGCGUGAACAAAUAACACCAUUUGAUGUCGACUUUGCUAUUAAAGAGGUGGCGUUGGACUUCACCAAGUUGCGUUCCGCUGCUUAUGGUUUGUUUUCGAAAGGAUCUCAACUACUUAGUAUAAGUUCCAACAACGCGCUACUAGAAUUUCUGCUUGAGGGUGUUCCUCAACUUACGGAAUAUUACAUUGAUUCAAAAAAGGAGGUGGAUUCUGAACUAAAAGUUGUGUGUGAACAAUUUAUUACUGAAGUCACAGAUUCCUACGUGGCUCCGCUUAUUAACCUGUUAGACAAAAUGGAUACCCUUUUAAAGAUGGCGGAGGCCGAUGGAAAAGACGGAAAUGCAUUGUUAAAGCAACAGCCCUUUGCUAAAGCUGAUGCUAUACGUAAGGUGGUAAGCGAGACAUACAUGUUACUCAAAUCAAAGCUACCUAGCACUAUACAAAGCUUAUCAUUGUAUUUGGCUAACAAAGACACAGAAUAUAUUCUCUUCAAACCAAUCAAGGCGAAAGUGCUACGUACCUAUAAACAACUUUCUACGAUUGUUCAACAAUACUACAGCGAAGAAGAUCAACAAAUUAUCGGCUCUCCUUCACAGGAACAGGUCUCGUUGCUAAUGUCCUUUCAAUAAUAAAAAGAAGUCAUCGCUUAUAUCCUCAAUUUUCGCAGUGCAUCAUGGACGUGGUUAUUUCCAGGCAAUUAUAUUAAUAUUUAUAAACUCUUUGUAUCGGUGUUAUCCCACUAAAUAAACUGAACAUAUAUUUACUAUCGAUAUGUUGUGUUCCACUAAA